CGUUGAUUCAGUCUACAAUUUUCUUUUGCGGUGAAUACAAGAUAAAUAAAUAAAUACAUAUAACCUUGUGAAUAAUAUAAUAUACCAGGAAGUGUUAAUAGAAUCAAGCCAAAAGAGAGCGAAUAUUAGAACUUUGUUUUGAUUAGCUCAUAUUGGUAGCACUGAUCAGUGAUCGCGCGAUCUGACGUCAUUGCGCUCGCUGUCAUUGAUCUAUUUGUGAUAUAUUAUUAGCGAUAUUUUAAUUUAUUUGCCAAGGUUUUUUGCGAAACUAAAACGUUUUGCGGACGUUAAUAUAUAAAUUUGACUUUUGCUUUAUUACGUGUGUAAUUAAGAUUUUUCUUUAAUCAAUUUACUCGAAGUUAUCCACUACAUAAGUUGUGUACGUGAUCAGUGUAUGUGCAUCGAAUCAGUUGUACUAAAAUUAUCGAAAUACUAAAGUACAAGUUGAUUAAAGUUUAAUUUGUACGUGGACAGUUCUUUAAGAACGGUACUUAAAUAAACAAUUGGCGAAAAUGUCGUCGUUAGGAGGACAGUGGCGGAUUAUAAGGCACUACCUUUCAAUAAGUAACUUAAAUUCUGAAGUUGAAAAAUUAGUGCAGAAAAUUAAACCAGCGACACCCGAACAAUGGGAAAGUUUGAUUAAAAAGUUUGAAAGAGCUUUAUCAGUCAGAAUAGGCCAAUCUGUAGAUGUGAAAAAUGUCGAACAAAUAACUACUCAUAAUAAAGUAAAUGCAACAACAGUUGAAGAAACUGAGGCAAAGGUACAGAAUGUAAAAGAAAAAAAUGAUAAAGAGGAGAAAAUCAGCCAGGAGGGUCUGACCAUAGGGUCAGAGGCUAAAGAAAUUACCCUUGAGGGUCUCUGGGAGGGACUUAAGCUGAAAAAAGAUCUUCAUUUUGGAAAGAUAUCUGAACCAACCUGGAAGACAAACAAACCUAUCAUCACAAAGACUUCAAUCCAUUCCCGAACAGCCUAUGUGAUAUCAGCUAUAGUUACAGCGGAAACACCGGAAUGCCUUCUAAAAAGAACUGAACAUUUCAUAGAACAUCUUCAACAAUACCCUGAGUCAAGAGACUAUGCUAUUAAGGAAGGAGCAGUCAGAGCAUUAUUAAGGGUACAGCAUAAAUUGAAGAAAAAUGAUGAUAUAUCUAUAAACAAGGAAGUCAACGGUCUUGUGAAUGAGGCUUUAGCCCUAAUGGGUUACACUGGUCCUACAAAGAAUCGUGGUCCCAACAUUCUGUCAAUAGACGGUGGAGGCAUCAGAGGAAUUAUAGCGAUAGAGAUAUUGAGGCACUUGGAAAGAUUGACUGGCAGGAAGGUGCAGGAAAUGUUUGAUUACAUCAUUGGUGUCAGCACUGGAGCUAUCAUUGCUGCUGUCAUUGCUAGCGGCGUAGGUAAUUUAGAAACGGCUAAUCAAAUGUACCACACCUUAUCAAAACAAAUGUUUGGAAACACGUCUCUUAUCGGUGGAACAUCUCGGCUUGUAUGGAGUCAUUCAUACUAUGAUACAGAUGCCUGGGAGAAGUUGCUGAAAGAGAACCUACAGGAUUGCACGCUCACUGAAUGUAACAGACAUAACACACCUAAGAUGGCGCUGGUGUCGUGCGUGGUGAACUCGGGCUCGCGCCUGGCGCCGUUCCUGUUCCGCACGUACGAGUGCGGGUUCCGCGUGCGCUCCGUGUUCGCGGGCAGCUCGCGCGCCAAGCUGUGGCACGCCGUGCGCGCCUCCGCCGCCGCCCCCACAUACUUUACGGAGUUCCGCUUGCAGGGCCUGCUGCACCAGGAUGGUGGUAUAAUGGUCAACAACCCAACUGGUGUGGGUCUGCAUGAAGCUAAGUUGUUAUUUGGUCCGAACAACAUGAAUAACAGCACAGUAAUAUCGGUGGGAACCGGAAAAGCUCUAAACAAGCAUUUGGACUAUGAGCUAAUGAGCAAGGGACUAGUAAAGGAAACCUCUGGUACCAGCUGGAAGGACAAGUUCAAUAAGAUUUUGGACUCGGCUACUGAUACUGAAGGUGUUCAUCUAGUCCUUAACGAUCUAUUACCACCUGGCAACUAUUACCGAUUCAACCCCCCUCUAAUGGAAGAGUGCGCGAUGGACGAAAUCAAUCCUGAAAAGCUACAAAAUAUGAUCACAGACACGAUGGCGUAUAUCAGGCGGAAUCAGCAUAAGUUCGAACAAGCGGCCGCCAUGUUGGUAAGAAAACGAACAGUCACCCAAAGGGUUAUGGAUUAUGUACAUCUCAGGAGCCAGUUGAUGGGUAUAUCCCAUGCCAACUGACGGUCAAAGAACCAGCAAGAAUAUGAAACUUGCUGAAUGAAAAGAGUGAAUGGAAUGAAUGGAAUGAUUGAUAACCAAUCAUUGUAAAGUGAAUAAAGUUCACGAAUCUUGAUAUCUUGACACUCCAAUUAUCAGUUAUGGAUUUUUACUCAACCACUGUUUAUCCAAGAAGGGUAAUGCAUUUAUCCUGUUAAUUGUAAUGUUAUAUACUUAUAGCAGAGACCCAAUUCUAAUGUACCAGCGAAAAUAAUAUAUUUCAGCUGGUGGAUUGUAAAUAUUUGCUAUUUAAAAGAAAUAUAAUCAAUUACAACAUAGCAAUUCCUGCUAUCUAAAAAUAUAAGUAUUCAAUCUCAUUCAAUGUAGUAGUUUCGUUCAUUCAUUCGUUUCGUUCAUUUAUAAGCGCAUAUUGCGAUUUGGGGCAAAUAAAUGCUUAGGCGAGAGUGAGACGGAUGUACAAAAGCUACAUUUUUUUUUAU